UGUAACAAAGGACAGAGAGACGCGUAGCUUCACCGCCGUAUCAAACCAAGACGUCACGACUCUGCUCGUUCGUCCAUUCCCACCGAUAUUCCUGCCUACUUCUACAAUCACCACAGAUUUCUAGUUUCUCCUAUAAAAACCCAUCCUUCCUCCUCUACCCUAUCAAAUUCACAUUUCUAAUCUCUCUAUUUUCUAUUGAUUUCCCCUUUCGCUCGCGGAGAAAACUCGAUUCAUAUUUCCUGAUUUAAGGUUCAUCUUUCUCAUUAGUUCAUCGAUCAUGGCUGAAGGAGAUUUGAGAUCGCAGGAUGGCAUGACAAGUGAGGAGGAGGAGCAGAUGCGGCUGAAGUACCUGGAAUUCGUGCAGGUGGCUACAAUUCACGCUGCGGUGUGCUUCUCGAACCUCUACUGUUACGCCAAGGGCAAGUCCGGCCCUCUGAAGCCCGGCGUUGAGACCGUGGAGGGCACCGUCAAGAGCGUCGUCGGACCUGUCUACGACAAGUUCCACGACGUUCCCGUCGAGGUUCUCAAGUACGUCGACCGCAAGAUGGAUGCAUCUGUGACUGAAUUGGACCGCCGUGUGCCCCCAAUUAUCAAGCAAGCUUCUUCCCAGGCAUUCUCAGCUGCUCAGAGUGCCCCCGUGGUAGCUCGAGCUGUUGCUUCCGAAGUUAAGCGUGCUGGGGUGGUGGACACUGCCUCGGGAAUUGCCAAAUCUGUUUACACCAAGUGCGAGCCAACCGCCAAGGAUCUCUAUUCCAAGUACGAACCCACGGCCGAGCAGUGUGCAGUGUCGGCUUGGCGCAAGCUCAAUCAGCUCCCUCUCUUCCCUCAGGUGGCUCAAGUUGUUGUCCCAACCGCAGCAUAUUGUACAGAGAAGUACAACCAAACGGUGCUCGACACUGCAGAGAAAGGGUACAAGGUUUCUUCUUAUCUGCCCUUGGUCCCUACAGAAAAGAUUGCCAAGGUUUUCAGGGGUGAUGGUUCUGAAUCAGAGCCUUUGGUUUCCAGUGGAAAUGAAGCAGCUGUGGCAGCCCAUUGAUGGUUUUAUUUUGAAGUAGUUUUAUUGCCGAAAGACUUGUGCUCAUAUGGCCAUCUCGAAUAAAUGUUUCAUGGUCUUUUUAUAUGUAACUUAAAGCAACCUCAAUUAUCCUUUUAGAGGACCACCUAGUACGAGACCAGAGUUUUCUUAAAUUCUUCGUCAGAGGCAGCCGGGAGGGUUGAAGACAUGAUCAUCCACUUUUCUCAAUUUUGACCCAUUUUCACUUUGUUUUUGGUUGUAUAUUUUUGGUCGAAGUAUGCGAUUUUCUCAAUUUUAAAUCAUUUAUACCGUGAAUGGUUACGUACUUGGA